GUAAGCAAAAAUUUUAGUACCGCCACACUUAGAAAAUUUAGGCUCCAAAACUUUUUCCCGAAAGAAAUCCCAAUCGACACAAUAAAAUUUCCAAAUAUUCAGAACCCUAAAAUUUCAAUUUUUUUUCCUCUCCCACACAAAUCUGAUUUUCACAAUCUUUGCCCAAUCUCACUCUCUCCCAUACAAAUCUCAAUCACAAUACCUAAUCCCAGAUCUAAAAUUCUAUGUUCUUUCAAAUCAAAACACUGUAAUCCAUCUUCCUCUUUUGCUCAAUUGUUGUUGAUUCUUUCUGUAAAUCGGUUGCUCUCACUUAAACGUCGUUUUAUAACCAAUCCUCUUGAGAGACUAGACUCAUCUCAUCUCUCUCACAAAUCAGAAGGAAGAAGAAGGAAUCUUUGUUUUCUCUUAUUCCUCUUCUCUCCUCCUUCUACUUUCGAUAAAAUUUGAAUAUCUUUCUUCUCUACGAGUGUGUCUAAUUCGACUAUUUCGAUUUUCUCGAUUUUGGUAUAAAGAAGAAGGGCGGGUAUCAAGGAAACACUCCGGCGGAUCCUCCGGCGUUUAAUGGAUCAAAACAACUCGCGGCUCCGACCAAGACUGUUGACAGCCAAUCUGUUCUCUAAAGGCUGCAGUCUGAAUUGAUGGGCUUGAUGAUGGGCGUGGUGGUCCAGGGAUAUCUGCGUUUCCAAAGGAAGACAACAUCUUCUGCUGGAAAGGGACGAUAACAGGAAGCUAUUGGCAGGGAGAAAAACUAGUUUUUACAAGAGACAUCUUACUGGGGAAGAUUGGGUGAUUCAGAAGAACUAUGAAGUAUGAACAUCAAAGAGUGUGCAAAGGAGUCCAGAUAUGAUAAAUCAGCUCGAGAAACUGCUCAAAACGUUUUUUGCUCAUGUCCAUCGUUUUUAGUUUCUUUCACGUCAUUAGACUCUAUCGUAGCUAUGGAGGGUUUGGCUGUCUCAUCAGGUGAAGGGUCUCAACACGUCUCGACUCAUCAGGUGAAGGGUCUCAACACGUCUCGACAACCUCCUGUGCUUAUUCCAAUUGGAUAUGGUACAGAGGAAAUAGAAGCUGUUGUGUUAGUUGAUGUACUACGGCGAGCUGGUGCUGAGGUCACUCUUGCUUCUGUGGAGCAGAAGCUAGAGGUUGAAGCAUCCUCAGGGACCAAAUUGCUUGCAGAUGUCUUAAUCUCUAAAUGUGCUGAUCAAGUUUAUGAUCUUGUGGCUUUACCGGGAGGCAUGCCUGGUGCUGUUAGGUUAAGAGACUG